UGGAGAGGGGUAUAAACGCUCUUUCUAAGCCAUCGGCAAUCAUAAGUAACAGGACAGGUGAGGCGCAAAGUGGAUAGAGCAUUUUGGGAUUACAAGCAAACCUAAGAUUUUUUUAGUUUAUAUUGGAAAGCUGCAAUAUAGAUAAAUCUAAAGCAAACAGGCGGACAAAGACCGGAGUCAAAACUUUAAUUUCAAAAGAAAGACAUCCUUACUUAGUUUUUCUUUUAGCUAUUUUUGGCAAAAGAGCAACAUAAGAGUUCUGAAACCCCCCCCCCAAAAAACUUUGUAAGACAAGGAAGUUGUUAUUAGUAAAGGAGCUCGAAGCAUCAGUGUCAAGAUGUGCUCAGGUGGCUUUGCCAAGUGUCUGGGGAUCACUCUGAUGCCUCUGGCGAUCGUGUGCGUGCUGUGUAACAUCCUGCUCUUCUUCCCCAGCGGACAGCCUGUGGAGCAAGACCACAUCACAAAACAGGUCUGGUACUUUGGAGGCAUUCUGGGAUCUGGAGUUCUGAUGAUCUUCCCAGCUCUGGUCUUCCUGGGUCUGAAGAACAACGACUGCUGCGGUUGCUGUGGCAACGAAAGCUGUGGGCGGAGAUUUGCGAUGCUGAGCUCCAUCCUGUUUGCAGCUGUGGGUGUUGCGGGGGCCGGUUACUCAGUCGUAGUUUCGUCUGUGGCCAUAAACCAAGGACCCAAGUGUGUGGUUUCAAAAAACGGAACGAAUGACGUGUGGGGCACUCCUUUUGGAAAUGGUGACUAUCUGAGCAACACAACUCUGUGGAAACUUUGUAUAGAGCCGUCCGGCGUGGUGUCCUGGCAUCUCUCCCUGUUCUCUGUACUGCUGGUCAUGGGUUUGAUCCAGGUGGCGCUGUGUGCUGUGCAGGUGGUGAACGGCCUGCUGGGAGCUAUUUGUGGGGACUGCUGUGGCUGCUGUGGAGGGAGUGAUGGAGCCGUCUAAAAACGUCCUGCAGCCGGGAAAGCUUGAUGGCAACUGCGUCCUCUGUCUGUUUCAUUCUGACAGGAUAAGCGUUUGUCUGCUUUAUUCCAAAAGUUAUAAACCAAAAGAGCUCAUUGAUUACAUCGUGUGUGCCCUUCAGUAACACCUGUGAAAUGACAGAGCUCUUAUUUAAAGAUUUUCUCGUUUAGAAUUCCAUAGCAAUCAUUUAUGUUAAAGUGCCUCUGCUCUCAGGUCUGGCUCUAUUUCACUUCAAACACUCACUGUGUCUUUUAAAGUUUUCUUCUUGCUGUAUAUUGAAUCUGUUUUUGUUUUUUCUUAUUAAGCCAAAUCAAAAUCAACAAUUUCUAUUAAAACAAUUAAAAUAACAACAUGAUAGAAGUGAGCAUGGCACGUGAUUGAAGCUUGCUAUUUGAGUUUUAUUUUGAUGCAGCAAAAGUUUAACAGCUUGCAACAAGUAGGAAACCAGUUUAAGAUUUAGUCAGUUUCUCUCCUCAUAGAAGAGAUUUAUUUGGAAUGACUGCCCCCUGCUGGACAUUGUGGUGAUGCACCAAUGAGUCUGUGGUUAAAAGAUCAUACCUGUAGCUGCACUUAUUUAAACAACUGACAUCAUAUUCUUUUUAGCAUCAAAGGUUCUAGAGCUGCAUGCUUAGUUAAAAAGAAAAGCACAGUAUAGUUGUAUUAAUCAUCACAACAAGUGUGAUUACUUUCUACAACAAAGCAUUUGUCUCCUCAGUCAGCAGUGAUAUUUAAAGACUGGAGCUGUGUUUUGAGAUGUGUCACAGAGAAUAUAUCAUACAUGUUUCACUUUUUUCAAAACAGAUGUUUCAGUCUUCUUUUCACUUGUCUUUACGCCACAGUGAUGUCUGGCUCUUAUGGGCUCUAACUUGUCUGCUGCGUUUCAUUAAAGUGUGUCUUUCUCUAAA